AUGGACAGUGACCAAGAGUCAUCUGAAUGUCCAUUGUGUUUGGAAGUACUCGAAGCUGAUGAUUUGACUUUUUUUCCAUGUACAUGCUGCUAUCAGAUUUGCCGAUUUUGUUGGCAUCGGAUUCGAACCGAUGAAAAUGGUUUAUGUCCAGCAUGUCGCAAGCCAUACAGUGAAAAUCCCGCACAAUUCAAGCCAUUGACUGACGAAGAAAUUCAACAAGUAAAACGUGAUCGAAAGUUGAAAGAAUCCAAUAAAAAGCCCAAGGUCACUGAAAGUCGGAAACAUUUGGCAAAUCUUCGAGUCGUUCAACGCAAUCUUGUAUUUGUCAAUGGUCUUCCAUCACGUUUAGCUGAUACAGAGCUUCUAAGACGAAACGAUCAUUUCGGUAAAUAUGGUAAAAUAGUCAAAUUAGUGACUUCGCCAGCACAUAACGGACAAUUGAACUCAAUUUGUGUAUAUAUCACAUACUCACGGUCUGAAGAAGCUUUACGUGCAAUCCAGUCUCUGUGUAAUUACCACGUGGACGGUCGUACACUGAAAGCCACAUUGGGUACAACGAAAUAUUGUAGUCGCUAUUUAAAAGGUGCAUCAUGUCAAAAAGCUGAUUGUCUUUAUCUACAUGAGCCCGGAGACCCAUUAGCAAGUUUCACUAAAGAACAAAUGCAACAAGGUCUACAUUUGGAGUAUGAACGAAAACUCAUGGAACAGUAUACGAAUAAAUCAACAUCUAGUACACCGAAAAAUGGACGAACAACGGUGAAUGGACAUAAAAGUGAGCCAUCACAAAGACGAAAAGGUCCUACGCCCUUAUCAUCAACAGCAAAUAAUUCAAAUUCAGCAACAUCCAAUGCAAUGAAUGGAAAUUCAGAUUUCGAGUCAGGAGAUGAAACAAAUCAUAUACACACCACGUCCAAUGGAUAUAGUAAUGAUACAUUCACUAGCACAACUGCUAUCAAUGGUGACACAUUAAAUGGUGAUUCUGAUAUGUCUUCAACAUCUUCCCAAACAUCAUCUGAACAUGAUCCAUCGCUUCGGACGCACAUUCAGACGUAUAAUAUUUCACCAACAAAAACUUGGCCAGAUGAAUCUGCACCAUAUUUUCUUCCACCACCUCCUCCUGAUCUCAUUUCUGCUACUAAUCAGCUACCGAAUAGACCAACCGUACCAACAUCAUUCAAUUCUUCGAAACACAUCCCAUCGAACGAGAGUGUGGUGAAACCAUCCGAUCAAUUACCAGAAUACAAACUGUUCGGCUCAAAUGGCCCAUCAAUACAUUCACUUCUGUUUGGAAACAAUGAAAAUAGUCAACAAUCUCAGCGACCAAUAAUCAACGGAACUGACCAUGAUUUACGAGAAAUCGAAAAACGCUUAAUGGCACAUGGUCUCGAUAACACAUCUUAUCCACAAAUUCAAGAAAAUGACGAACUUGGAUUUGAUCCGUGUAGUUUGUUUAUGUCAGCGCUUGCAUCUGAUAUCGAAGAUGAACGACGACCAUCAUCAUCUCAAACAUCUGCAUCACAUCGUCCAACGUCAACUAAUUCCUAUGGAUUUCCAUCAUCUCAACACAUUUCUUCAACAAAUAAUCCAUCAUGGAUGAUGCAACAGCAGCAGCAACAACAACAACAGUAUCAUCAGUUUCACGAACAACCAACAACACCACAGAAACAGCCAAGAUAUCCGAUCACAUUCAACGGUUCAUCUCCUCGACAGAUGUGGAACAACACUCAACAACCACCACCACAACAACAACAACAGCAACAUUAUCCAACUCAGAUUCCAACUCGUUUAGACUUUCCUAAUCAGAUUCAACAACAACAACGACUCCCACCCAGACAAUCGUCACCUUCUCCACAAUACCCUCAAACAAUGAACCAUACGUAUUCUUCAAAUAGUACAGUGAUCACAAAUAAUUUACCAGCCAAUGAUCGAUGGGUUAAUCUAGCAUGGGCGGAUCCAGCUAUAAUAUCUCUCGGGAACAAACUCGAUCCAACAUCUUCCCAAUGGUCUAACACAUCUUCGCAAUCACAAGGUCCGUCUGCAAUGCCAUUAGGAACUAAUCUCCUAUCAAAUCCACGUUGGUCACAACAAAUACAAAAUCAAAUGUUUCCAAAUGGUGGAAUGUACAUGUCCUAUUCAGCAACAUCAGGCAUCGAUGAUGGCAGUCGUCCUUAA